AUGGCGGACCCGGCGUGGGGUGCAGCCUCCUCCUCCUCCUCCUCGUUCUCGUCCUCCUCGUUCUCGUCCUCCUCGUCCUCCUUGCGACCGCUGGACGAACCCACAGCCCAACCGCUGUACCCGCUCCGCUCCAAUGAGCCGCUUUCCCAGCUACUCCAGCGCCAUCAACCGCUGCUGUGCCAGGACCAACCGCAGCCGCAACAGCAGCAAAGUGCGUCUCUGUACCAGCCGCUGCCUGCUGAGCCGCUGCACGUGAUGCCGCCGUUUGGACCGGCAGUUUUUUGGGCUUCAACUGACCUCUCUCGGUAUGGAGGACAUCCGUCGAGUGACAUGUCCCACGUGACGUCGUCUAGGUGCACCCGACGUGAAGAGAUACCGCCGAGAUCAAUGGACACGAACGCGCGCUCUUUGGUGGAUAACAGCGAGUGGGUCUUACAGCAGGAGAACAGGCUCCACGUCCAAUCGGAGCAGCAGGUGCAGCGGUCGAUGCAGGAACAGACUUGGAGACAAGCGGAUGGACCACCAGUACAGCCGUCGUGGUACUCUUUGGGAGCUGAUGGGUUCAAUGCUAUUCAAUCGUCCGGCAGUGAUGCACGCUGUUGCGACGGAGUUUCGUGGCGUGUUCAGGCUGGUGGACGUGAGCACACUGCGCUGCACCGCGAUGCGUGGAACUCUGCACCGUUUUGCAAUCGCCGAGACGGAAGCAGUGGACAAUCGAUGAGUGGGACAGGAACUGCGCUCACUGUCGCGCACUUGUGUAUGUUGCAAUUUGGAGCAAGUGUACAAGGACAAGAGGCUGUGGAUACAGUAGACGGAAUACGUGUGCAACAACAGAUUGCGCAGGCAAUGCAAGCGUCCAUGCAUCAUCAAAAUUGUCGCCUGUGUGCUAUGAGUAUCGCGCUUUAUCAAUGGGCACGAAGCAGUCCAAUGUUGUCCGCUGGCGUUGAGACGGACAGAGUAGACAGUUUGCGGUUGCAGGAAACCGAGCCGUUGAUCCAGCAGAAGUCCCCGCAAAGAGAAUCGUGUUACCGAUCUGAUAGCUGUCAACCCAGUUGUAGCGAAGAAAAUAGUACGUCGACGCAAGCAGGCAGGUCAAGCCACGAUGAUACUUUCUUGAACAGCGACGCGAGGCAUUUUUCCACGAACACAGCACCUGCUGCUGCUGACAUACCUGCUGGCUCAGAUGCCACACGUGUCGCAGCCCUUGUGAAUACAACCACCUGUACCACGAGUCCGGCUCAUGAUGUUUCUGUUGCCUCUGAUGCCACACACGACAACACGCUAGUGAAUGCAACCACGUGUACCACAAGCCCGGCCCCUGAUGUUUGUGCUAGUCCUGAUGCUACUCAAGCUAAAGCUCGUGCGAAUACGAGCGCAUGCAUCACGAUCCCGACUGAAGAUCGAAUAGAGAAGGAGGUAGAUCUGGAGACACAGGGACCAAAUGAUGCACAGUCGAGAUCACCUAUUCGGCCCUCUCGAGCUGCUGUAGUCCCUGGGGUAUCGCUGGCAUCACACGCAGCGCGUCUUCUGACUAUGCAAGAUAUACUGAAUGGUGAGGAUGGUUCUAGCAAGGCGAGUGCUCCAAGACUUCAACUUCUAGAUGGCAAGCAAAAGCGGGUGUCGUACAAGCGCAAGAUGCCAACGACAAGCACCCCGACAAAACGGCAAAAAACGUCUGACCGACAGAGUGAAGAUGACUUCCAGCAACCACCCGCAAAUAAGCCUACAGGGGCUCUCCUGCAGCCCCGGGGCGUGUCAGCCUCGGCAAUCGCACAGACUGUCAAGCCAUGUACUCCCAUGUAUUUAGCUUUUAUGGAGUCCCGAGCUGCUCGAGCAUCGAAACAGGUCACUGGCACAAAGCCUUCCGUCGCAGGUAUCUCAAGUCUGCGUUCACAAUUGAAUCUACCCGUUCGUGGUGUAAAGUCGUCGGCAAACAGUGCGAAGCGAAGAAGCGGGCGGCCAAAUUUUGUCAAUACGGAGACAGUAAAUGUGGAGACUGGCAUGUGGAAGCCUUUGAAGACGUCGGAGUCAGAUCAGCGGACUAAGAGACUACGUCUUGAUACAACGAGGUCAGAAGAGGCUUUGUAUCGUAGGCAAGUCUCCGACAUGCGUGUGAGUGUCUCUGACACCAGCCGAAGAUCUGAGGAGCAGUGUACGAUUAUUAAAGCUGAACCACGUGAGAACGGUGUGCUUGACGGAUCGAUUGAUGAAGUUUACAGGCAACGUCAGUGGCGACAGUCGCCUCCCGAAUAUUUGGUGCAUGAUUCGAAUGUGGUAAGCAGCAUUCGGUCCUCGAUCAAGACGGAAAUGAUCGGAACUGGGAAGGAUAUCUUAGUGACGAAGAGGAGAAGAGCUAGGUUGCCUUGUGCAAGACCAGCACGACCUGCACUUAUUGGUCGGCAACAGCAAGCGCAGAGAAGGCUACCGUCGAAUGAAGAACGUCAUUCGACAUGUGAAUCAAGUCUAGCGUAUGCAAUCGGUUCAGUCGCGGUGUCGCAUGGACCUGCUGUGAAUCGAACGGUGGUGAUAUUUUGCAAGCGCGAUUUCAUGCGCUACCAGGCAGCUAAGAUUUGGCGGAAGUAUCAAGAACAGCUAACGAAACAAGAAGAGUGGCAGGAAGUCCGCGUAGCCGGUAAGCGCACUCGGUAUCUCAAAUUUCGCUACGAUGAUGAAAUACAAAGGAAGUAUCGAAGAACGUACACCCGGUCUGGCAAAGCGCGACGAAAACCGUUUCCGAAGACAGGGAAGACUUGUAGUCUUCAGGUUACAAUCCCCAUUCAUCAGACAACAAGUAUGGCAGGGCCGAUGAUAUCGUCCUCUGUACCAAGCGACAAAGGGGUCGAUGAGAGGGGAGAUCUAGCGCAGGAAUCAUCCUGCACAACCUCUGAGUUGUCACUGAAUAUCAGUGAUGACUGUAUGUUGAGUGGAAAGUGCAAUGUAGCUAAAGGUGAUGAACGUUUCCUGACUCGAGAUGUAUCACAGUCACGUGAUAUGGAGCUGUCAGGAACCCAAGGCGACAGUAACAGUGCGAUGGAUUCAAGUGUUAGCAUGGAGCCAAGCGAUGUCAUCUCGGGUACAUUUGCCGCGGUGGGGGCGCUCGUAGUGGUCGACAGUGCCGUGUCGGAAGAUGGUCCCGAGAUGACUGCAGACGCUGGCAGUGUAUCCGAUACUGCUGUUUCUGACGCAUUGUCGAGUGGCACUUUUAAGGUUACCGUCUCAGUUCCCAACGCACCUCUUCAUAGCUCUGUCUCGUCCGUCGCGGAUGUGUCACGCAGUGGCAACCUCGAGGAUAUGACUGCAAUAGCCGACAGGAGUAUCGAUACUCCAAGGCCUGACAAUGCAUUCAACGAGACCGCCGUCCCCUUCAUCACUGGCACUUGUAAAACCGAGGUUACAUGCUUGGAAUGUGCUGGCAAAAGUGGUGUCGUUGUUGUAGCUGAUGAAUCAGGAGUGGUCGUGGGGUCACCUGCGCUGGACCCAACAGCGCCAUCACCGGUUUAG